CUCUAGCGCUUGACUCGGCGGAAGCGAGAAGGGAAGGCGGUGCGGCGAGCGGCUUCCGGUGGAAGUGAGGCCCUGUGGUUCCGGCCGGCGUGAGUGAGCGAGUUUGGUUUGUUAAGAUGGCGGCUGCGGCGGGCUUGGAGUUCCAGCGCGCCCAGUCUUUGUUGAGCACCGACCGGGAGGCUUCCAUCGGCAUCCUGCACUCUAUAGUGAAGCGUGAUGUCCAGGAGAAUGAUGAAGAAGCAGUACAAGUCAAGGAGCAGAGCAUCCUGGAACUGGGUAAUCUCCUGGCCAAGACGGGACAAGCAGAAGAACUUGGAGGUCUUCUGAAGUAUGUGCGACCUUUCUUGAAUUCUAUCAGCAAAGCAAAGGCAGCCCGCCUGGUUAGAUCUCUUCUAGACCUGUUCCUAGAUAUGGAAGCAGCAACAGGACAAGAGGUUGAUCUGUGUCUUGAAUGCAUUGAAUGGGCCAAAUCAGAGAAGAGGACAUUCCUACGCCAAGCUCUGGAGGCAAGGCUGGUAUCUUUAUAUUUUGACACUAAAAGGUACCAGGAAGCAUUGCAGUUAGGCUCGCAGCUUUUAAGGGAGUUGAAGAAGAUGGACGACAAAGCCCUGUUAGUGGAAGUGCAGCUGCUAGAGAGCAAGACUUACCAUGCAUUGAGCAACCUGCCAAAAGCAAGAGCAGCAUUAACCUCUGCACGGACCACAGCCAAUGCAAUCUACUGCCCACCCAAGUUGCAGGCAGCACUGGAUAUGCAAUCAGGCAUCAUCCAUGCAGCAGAAGAAAAGGACUGGAAGACAGCAUAUUCCUAUUUUUAUGAGGCAUUUGAGGGUUACGAUUCCAUCGACAACCCCAAAGCUAUCACAGCGUUGAAGUAUAUGCUGCUGUGCAAGAUCAUGCUGAACUUGCCUGAGGAUGUGCAGGCAUUGGUCAGCGGGAAGCUUGCACUGCGGUAUGCAGGCAGACAGACAGAAGCACUAAAAUGUGUGGCACAAGCUAGUAAAAAUCGAUCACUGGAUGACUUCAAAAAGGCUCUGAAAGAUUAUAAAGUGGAACUCAGGGAUGACCCUAUCAUCAACACCCAUUUGGGCAAACUGUAUGAUAACUUAUUGGAACAAAACCUGAUCCGAGUCAUUGAGCCUUUCUCCAGAGUUCAGAUUGAACACAUAUCUGGCCUUAUCAAGUUGUCAAAGGCAGAUGUGGAACGAAAACUCUCUCAGAUGAUCCUGGACAAGAAAUUCCAUGGAAUCCUUGACCAAGGAGAAGGUGUCCUGAUUAUUUUUGAUGAACCGCCUGUAGACAAAACUUACGAAGCUGCUCUGGAGACCAUUCAAAACAUGAGUAAAGUAGUGGAUUCAUUAUACAACAAAGCCAAGAAGCUAACAUAGGGUUGGGAACUGUUGGCUAUUGCUUUGGAAAAUUGGUGCGUGAAACCUUUGGGGGGGGCGGGACAAAAGGCUAGAAGACUGGUGGGGGUUUUAUGUUCCCCACCCCCCUUUUGCUCUACUCACUUUGAAAAUUUUAAGACUUCCUCAUCUGAUCCAUCUUGUCUAUACAAUUGUGUGUUCCAGUUUCCAUAUAACCUUUUACCUGCUGAACUUUGUACUGGGAUGGGGAAAUAAUGUUUAAAAAAAGUUGUGGGGUGGGGGGGUGGAAGAAGCAGUGGCAGUAUCCUAAUAAAAGGAGAGAGGUGUAUGCUACCUGUAAACAAACAAACAUGCUUCCCAUUUUCUUGAGGGCAGCAAAGGAGUGGACUUAAGUCAUGGUGGGAACUUGGACACCAUAGGCUGCUUAUAUAUUAACAAAAUUCCUACAGAGAAGAUAUUUUUCGUGUACACUGUAGCAUAAAGUUAUUGUACACAAGUAUGUGAACUGGGAGGUCAUGGCUGUCUGCACCUCAAUCUGCACAAAUAGCAAAAAAAAAAAGUAUGUAUGGUUGUUUCGCAGCUCCCGCAAUAGUAUUUUAUUCUGGGUAGGAAUUUUGUCACCUGAGAAGUGGAUAAUUAGAAAUUGCAGACUAUGUUAACUUUGGGUUCAGAACUCAGAGAUUUAAGGCAGUUGAGAUGAGUCUGCUAGCCCAAACUAACUUUAAAUGAAAGAGUCAGUUUAAAAUAUUAUAGGCCUCCCUUGACCUUAAGAACAUUCUGUUGAAUUUUAAGGCCUUAAGAUGUAGGAGCCUGCCUGAAAGUUUUUCUGGAUCAUAAAAUGACUAGAGAUGGCCAUCGUCACUUUUAAACAGUGGCUCUGCAGUUUUCUGGCUCUGUACUGCAUGCUGUUUUUAUUUUUAUUUUUGUUGUCGUUUUGAAGGCAAGAAUGUACUUGCCUUUUAAAUUUACAAAAUAUUCUGUUGGAAUAAUUACUGAGCUUCUGUUCUCCAAAUGUUCACUUUCCCCCACCCCAGCCCAAAAAACCUGGCUGGCUGUUUUUGGCCACCCACAGGUUUGUUUGUUUUUUAAAUCUCUUUGCCACAACAUAAACAACCAGGAUGAGAUGGGUGAUUUUUUUCUUAGUUGAGGGCAAGACUGUGCAUUGCACCCAACCAUGGUGGAGUCAUCAAAAACUGCAUUCUUGUGGCAAGUUCUUUUCCCAUCUUUGUGGUGAGGCAGAAUGGGGUCUUCCUCGCCACCCCCUGUUCGUUUUGUAGUUCAGGGAUGGAAAGAUUGCAAUGGGGGUGAGGAACUCAAACUAGAUCAGCAGCUCAUAGUCUCAGUGCCAAAUCUGACCUCUAGAAAGCAUUAUCUUCAAGGCAAGUCAAAGUGUUUGUGUGCACACAAGACACAGUUGGUAUGGAAUGUCAUGCCAGCCCACUCUGAGGGCUUGUGGAGGUUAAGUGAUUGUGGCCACCACUCCACUACCUUUUCAGAGAGGCCUUCCAGUAAAACAAGUUACUGGCUGUACACAUUUCAGCAGGGUACGGGAGAACUUGCCAUUGUUACCCUGUUUUUGGUGGCAUUCCUCUGGUUUAACGUGUAGUGGGUCUUUUAAGAUGAGCUGUCUUCAAAUCUAGUGACACCUUAAGGUGGUGCUUUUGUGUGGCAGAGGCGGGGUGCUGUGGAUUCUGGCAUUAUGUCUUUGAAUGAUGAAGUUAUAUUUAAGGUGUUGUUAACAUCUGAGUAGUGUAACCUUCUGCAUCACUGCCCUUGCCCUCCGUUUCCUUUCUUUCUCCUCAGUUUCAUACUUAAUUUGGUAAAAUGCUUCUCUUUACCAUAAAAUAUUUUUUGCAUUCGCAUGAAUCUUAACUGGCUGAAUCUUUUUCUCCUCAUGCCGUAUUUCCUUAUUUUAUCCUCCCUACACUGUACAUUUUUUAAACUUUCUCUCUGUCUCAGCCAGUCCAGAAGUUCUGAGGGUUUUUUGUUUUUAUUUUUUGUUUUGGUCUUGGGGGAGGGUUUUGGCACCAUGAAUUUCCAAUGUACAAAUGGUUCACGCUAACACACACCAGGUAUAUCUGAUGUUCAGAUGGCAUACAAAUAAAAAAAAUCUUCUUUUUCAAAAAA